GCGGGGCGGCUGGCGCUCACGUGACUCGGCGCCGCCGGCUCGCUAGCGGAAGCGGUCCUGCCUCUGCGGCCGGCCGGGGUCUCGGGGCGCCCCGCGGGCGGGCAGGCCGGGCAGGUCCGCAUCCCGGCGCCGGGAUGGUGCAGCUGUACAACCUGCACCCGUUCGGGUCGCAGCAGGUGGUGCCCUGCAAGGUGGAGCCCGAGCGGUUCUGCGGCGGGGGGCGUGACGCGCUGUUCGUGGCGGCGGGCUGCAAGGUGGAGGCGUUCGCGGUGGCCGGCCAGGAGCUGUGCCAGCCGAGGUGCGCCUUCUCCACGCUGGGCCGAGUGCUGCGACUGGCCUACAGCGAGGCGGGAGACUAUUUGGUAGCAAUUGAAGAGAAGAACAAAGCCACGUUUCUACGUGCUUAUGUGAACUGGAGAAGUAAAAGGACUGAAAACUCUCGUGUGUGUAUCCGAAUGGUUGGGCAUAAGGUGGAGGCACCCUUCAGUGAAACCUUGAGAGACCAGAUGUCUAUUAUUGAAAUGCCACUUUCUGAGCCCCCCUUAUGCAUUUCCUGUUGCCCGGUGAAAGGAGACCUUCUUGUUGGCUGCACAAAUAAGUUAGUCUUAUUUAGUUUGAAGUAUCAGAUCAUUAAUGAGGAAUUCUCAGUAUUGGACUUUGAACUUUCUUUAAUUAUACACAUAGAUAAUAUCACUCCUGUUGAAAUUUCUUUUUGUGUUGGAUAUUUCGCUGUCAUGUCGGAAUUAGAAGUCUUAAUCCUAAAACUGGAGUUGGACCCUAAAAAUGGAGAGAGAGUUAAUCACCAUCCACAUAAGACCAGCAAUCCAAUGAAACAGACAGAAGAUGGCAUCAGUAAUGAAACUUCACAGCUUGAGUCAGAUGAUUUUGUUAUUUGCCAAAAGCCCAUGGAACUUCUUGGCGAAAAAAGUGAACAGUCUGGAGUAUCUGUUACACUGGAGUCUACAGGAUUAGCUGAUGAAAAAACAAAACAUUUCCACGUUCAGCAUCUGCUCUAUAGACGUUUUACUCCUGAUAUUUCGUCCUAUGUCUCACCUGAUGACAUCAGGUUGCAUUCCCUUCAGCUGCUACCCAUUUACAAAACUGGUUUUCUUACUUCUGAUGGAAAAAAUUUGUCUCAGGAAAAAGAGUUGCUGAGUCUCUUUUGUUUUUUCUCAUUACCACACGUGGGCUAUCUCUACUUGGUUGUCAAAUCUGUUGAAUUAAUGUCAGUCUACCAAUAUCCUGAGAAGUCUCAGCAGGCAGUGCUUACACCACAAUUUUUGCACGUCAUCACAAGUAACAACCUGCAGUGUUUCACAGUGCGGUGCAGCGCAGCAGCAGCCCGUGAGGAGGACCCAUACAUGGACAACACCCUGAAGGCUUGCCCACAAGUCAGUAUGGAUGUCUGUGCUUUAAGAAUACAGCUUUUCAUAGGCUUGAAAGCUAUCUGUCACUUUAAAAACCACAUUAUACUCUUGACCAAGGCAGACCCUGAGGCCAUUCCAGAGAGAAGAGAGUCACCCAAGAGGCUUCUGUAA